AUGCAGUUGCAGGAUUACACAAAUGAAGAUUUGGUGCAUGUCAUUGACUGGCGUCGUAAAAAGUGGUGUCAGCGAUUAUGCAAACUGGGACUGAUAUAUUAUAUCAAACGUAGUACAUACUGCAAUUACCAAAUAGCAUCGAACUAUUCACUGAUGUCUCGCCCAAUUACUCUUUUGCUCCUGGCAUCCUUAAUCCCCCAGUCGACCUGUUUUCUUGGCUUGGGAAGAUUGCAGUCAGUGGCAGUAAAAGGAGUUUUGGAAUGUAACGGAGCGCCAGCAAAAGAUGUCAAGGUUAGGCUUUACGACAAGCAGAUAUUUUUUGACAAGAGACUGGACGAAGGGAGGACACUUACGUCCGGCAGCUUCUAUCUUUCCGGAAGCAAACGAGAAAUUACUAACAUCGAUCCCAGACUUUACAUCUACCACUCAUGCAAUCUCCACGGACCCUGCUCCAGAAAGGUGGUGAUGACCAUCCCUGACAGCUUCAUAACUAGCGGUCGAAAUCCGCAGAAGGUGUUCAACAUCGGAAGGGUCAACCUUGCCGCCAAGACCAGGGGAGAAUCUAUAACCUGUUUGCAUUGAAAUCAUUAGAAUUGUCGUUUUUCUCUUCAGCAAUUUCGAAUAUUAAAUAUGCAUUAAUUUGAAACAUGUUUUCAAGAUAAAUUUUACACGAC